GCCGGAAGAGUGUACAAGUCUAAGCGUGAAACACAGCUCCCCACGGUUGCGACCGCAUCAGAAAAAAGCAGUUUAACUUAGUAGUUCUCACAGGCAACAUCAUGGCGAGCCCAUCUCCAGCUCAGGACUCCAUAGCUCAGGCGAAGGACGACGAGCUACUAACCACAGGCAAUGCACCUGGUCAUGUUCAGGCUUCUCAUGACACAGAUGCCGCUGACAAAGAGUUAACCGCCGGCAAUGCACCUGGUCAGGUUCGGGCUUCUCAGGGCGCAGUUGCUGCAGAUGAGAUAACCGCCGGCAACGGCGACACAGCGGCUGCAGUAGACGAGAAGUCGACGACUACCAGCAAUGGGGAUGCAGUUGGGAUGGCCACUAAUGCAGUCGUUUAUCCUGUCGACGACCAGACUGGUCUGAGGAGGAGGGCUUUCCGAAGCAUUGUGGCGUCAACAAUCGAGGGGCAACCGAACAACAGCCAAACGACGCCGAUCCCAGAUGCAGGAGGAAGGGGUCCCGGAGACGAAGAUGAUCCCUACAGAGUCCUUGAGAGGCCAGGGCCUAAGCAAUCGUACACAUGGCAGCAGCUCAGGGGUUUCGAUGACUGGAGCACACCAGGCAUGCUUGACCUCGAUGACGACUGGACUGAUCCAAAAACUAGCGACGUACGCUAUGGCCCGCUCAAGGGAAUGCUCAUAAAGUAUGGUGAGCUCGCGCAGUUGACGUACGAUGCGACGACGUUUGACAGCACAAGCCGGUACUGCGGACAGUGYGUCAUUGGACCUGAGAACAUAUUUAAUCUUCUGUGUGCCAGACCGGAGGACUUCCUUGAUUCCCUGGUAUCCCCGACCUUCGGGGACGGGACAAGCCCAGACGAAGACACUGAUCCUGCCCCCCCYAGCAGUCUGCCAGCCCAGGUAACCGGGACAGGAAUGCCCGCGCUCCAGGACCAGGCGAAGCUAGGUAGAAGGUCAAGGUGGAGCUACCGUCGCAGAUAUUCGGACGUUCGAUACCUUUUCGCAACAUCACGAGAAGAUACCCCUUUUAGGCUGUUCAGGCUC